AUUGUUUGUAUUUUUCUCUUUUUUAUUUUUUUAUUUUUUAUUUCAGCUUUCUCAUUUAAUCAGUCUUUACUUCGCUCUUUGUUGCAAGACAAAGAAAGAAAGAACAAGAAACUCCAUUGUUGUGCUUUUCGGUGGCUUUUGAACGCCGGAAACUCUGACAUUCUCCCCGCAUUCCUCGAAUACUUAAAAUUUUAGAUACCUGGAACUUCGCUGCAAGUGUAGUCAGUCGAGCUACUCCUGUUUAACUUCAUUUUUUUUUUCUCUGGCUUGUUGUCGAUCACGGCCGCGUUUCCCCGAAAAUCUCGUCGUAGCUUGUUGACAGGAGUUUGGUGAUCAGUUUUCUUUUUGAAUGUCUGCUUUAGAUGCCUUUCAUAUCUAUACUUUGGGAUGAUUGUCAGGUAUUUCCUGGAGAAAUAUGAUUGUUUGUCACUAGUUGAGCUGCAUUUGUACAACUGCCUAUCAGGACGCCUACGCUUCUUGUAACAGUCAUGGUAUCAAGGUCAUGUGCUAAUUUUUUGGACUUGGCUUCUGGGAACCUUCUGGAUCUCCCUCGGACUCCAAGAUCACUUCCACGUGUGAUGACUGUUCCUGGAAUUAUCUCUGAUUUAGAUGGCGAUGUUGUUAAUGAUAGGGAUUCAGGUCUUACUACUUCAUGCUUAUGCCGUGAGCGAAAAAUUAUUGUAGCAAACAUGCUCCCGUUGCACUCUCAGAGGGAUACAGAAACAGGGAAAUGGUGCUUCAGUUUGGAUGAAGAUUCUCUUCUGUUACAACUGAAGGAUGGUUUCUCAUCUGAAACUGAGGUCAUUUAUGUGGGUUCUCUGAAAGUUCAUAUAGAUGCCAUUGAACAGGAAGAAGUUGCCCUAAAGCUUCUGGAGGAUUUCAAUUGUGUUCCUACAUUUCUUCCUCCUGACCUUCAGAAGAAAUUUUACCAUGGAUUCUGUAAGCAGCAACUGUGGCCUCUUUUUCAUUAUAUGUUGCCUAUUUGCCCAGAUUUUGGUGUUCGCUUCAACCGGUCACUUUGGCAGGCAUAUGUUUCUGCAAAUAAGAUAUUUGCAGAUAAGGUUAUGGAAGUAAUGAAUUCCGAUGAUUAUGUCUGGGUUCAUGAUUAUCAUCUUAUGGUUCUUCCUACUUUCUUACGGAGGCGAUUCAACCGAGUCAAGCUUGGUUUCUUCCUUCACAGCCCCUUUCCCUCAUCAGAAAUCUACCGGACAUUGCCUGUUAGAGAAGAAAUUCUGAGAGGACUGCUAAAUUCAGAUCUGAUUGGUUUUCACACUUUUGACUAUGCUCGACAUUUUCUAUCUUGUUGCAGCAGGAUGUUAGGAAUUGAUUAUGCAUCUAAGAGGGGGUACAUUGGGUUAGAUUAUUUUGGCCGCAAAGUAUACAUUAAAAUCAUGCCUGUUGGUAUUCAUAUGGGUCGGCUACAAUCUGUCUUGAAUCUUCACUCUGCUUCAAUCAAAGUCAAAGAGAUCCAAGAACAGUUUAGAGGAAAAAAAUUGAUUCUGGGAGUAGAUGACAUGGACAUAUUUAAAGGAAUAAGCCUGAAAUUGCUGGCUGUGGAGCAGCUUCUGCAACAACAUCAGGAGUUGCAGGGCCGACUUGUCCUAGUUCAAAUUGUGAAUCCUGCAAGGAGUACAGGGAAAGAUGUGCAGGAAGCAAAACGGGAGACAUAUUUGAUAGCAAGAAGGAUCAAUGAAACUUAUGGUUCACCAGGCUAUGACCCAGUGAUCAUAAUUGAUCAUACUAUUCUGAAUUAUGAAAAGAUCGCUUUCUAUGCUGUGGCAGAAUGUUGUAUAGUAAAUGCCAUUAGGGAUGGGAUGAACCUAAUUCCAUACAAGUAUGUUGUUUGUAGGCAGGGAACUCGACAGAUGGAUGAAGCGGUGGGGGUGUCUGCAGAAACACCUCGAACAAGCAUGCUUGUUGUGUCUGAGUUUAUCGGUUGUUCACCCUCUCUGAGUGGGGCAAUUAGGGUCAACCCAUGGGACAUUGAUGCUGUAGCUGAUGCAUUAAAUUUGGCCAUCACCAUGCCAGAGGCUGAGAAGCAAUUGCGGCAUGAGAAGCACUACCGAUAUGUUAGCUCUCAUGAUAUUGCUUAUUGGGCCCGCAGUUUUAUGCAGGAUUUGGAAAGAGCAUGCAGGGAUCAUUACAGCAAGCGUUGCUGGGGAAUGGGUUUUGGCCUGGGUUUCAGAGUUGUUGCCCUCUCUCCAAGCUUUAGGAAGUUGUCCAUUGACCAUGUUGUCUCAGCAUACAAGAGAACAGAUAGGAGGGCAAUAUUUCUGGACUAUGAUGGUACCAUUGUGCCUCUAGCAUCUAUUAAUAAAACUCCUAGUCCUGAAGUAAUCUCUAUUCUCAACAAUUUGUGCAGCGAUCCUAAGAAUACUGUGUUUAUUGUUAGUGGUAGAGGGUGGAGUUCUCUGAGUGAGUGGUUUGCUCCUUGUGAGAUGCUUGGAAUAGCUGCUGAACAUGGUUACUUCAUAAGGUGGUUUAAAUCCUCUGAUUGGGAGUCCAGUACCUUAGCCUCUGUCUUUGAUUGGAAACAAAUUGCAGAACCUGUCAUGAAACUUUAUACAGAAACAACUGAUGGGUCUUAUAUAGAGCUAAAGGAAAGUGCAUUGGUCUGGCACCAUCAAGAUGCAGACCCUGACUUCGGAUCCUGCCAGGCAAUGGAAUUGUCGAGUCAUCUAGAAAAUGUUCUUGCAAAUGAGCCAGUUGUUGUUAAGAGAGGGCAUCAAAUUGUUGAAGUUAAGCCACAGGGAGUAAGUAAAGGGUUGGCUGCAGAGAAGAUUCUAUCCACAAUGGUCAACAAUGGAAGUCCGCCAAAUUUUGUCAUGUGCAUUGGAGAUGAUAUAUCUGAUGAGGACAUGUUUGAGAGUAUAUCAAGUACAGUCUCUAGUCUAUCAUUACCUGUGGGUCCAGAAAUCAUUGCUUGCACUGUUGGGCAAAAGCCGAGCAAAGCUAAGUACUACCUGGAUGAUACUGCUGGUGUUUUGAAACUACUUAAAGGAAUAGCUAUUGCUUCAAAUAUGAAGCCACGGAGUAACAGCCAAAUUCAUGUUUCCUUUGAAAGUUCUACUUGAGAUGCACAAGGAGUGUCUAUUUUAUGCACCAAGAUGAGCAGAAAUGGAAUCGUUUUGGUAUGGUUUUGUAGAGCACAAGUUGUGUACUCGGCAUGUUAUUUGCUUCCAUGGCCAAGAAUCAGGAUUAUUGAGUUGCUUCCAUUAACGUAAUCUGGUGAAUAUUGAGAUCUUGCCUGUGCAGUUUUGGUGCUGUCAUGAGAUGGGAGAUUUUGUUUAUUCUCCCGAUACCAGACUUAUAUUUUCGGAAACAAGCAAAUGGUGGAUCGUGGAUGUAUCAGCAUCCUGGGAGAAACAACAAUUUUUUGAAUAUAAUGAUGAUGGAAAGUGAUACAAGUAUUCAGGUUGUCGGUAUGUUGGUUGCCACUGGGAAGCCUCUUUUGAAGCAGUUUUCCAUUUAUAGUCUUGGAUGUUUAUACUGGUUAUUCAUGCUGGUCCAGAGGGUGCCAUUGAUUGUAUAGUUACACUUUUUCACAUUAAAUAUAAGUCACCUUUAUAAUAGUAAGAAA